AAUGUAGUGUGUGUGUGGUAGCGUUUGUACAACUACAUAGUGGUCGUCUUGUGUUAUUUUUACUUUUAUUUAUUUAUAAUUUAUUAAAAGUUUGUUUUACAGUAAAAAUAUAUGUUACGUUGUAAUUCUAGCUUUAAAUCGUCAAGUGAAAGACUCAGAAUGCUAAAAACUAGUGUGUAAAUAUUAAUCCAACAGGUACUGUUAGAGUACCUCACCUGCGUAGUCCCUUUCUACUACAAAAUAAUCAUUUGGUGCGUCUUAAGUUAUUGCAAUAGCGUUAACGAGGCACCAUGGCAGAAGCCCACUCAGCUGUUGCCUUCUCAUUUGCCAUCACCCACGAUGGCUGGGAUGUCAACUUUGACCGAGAAGUGCUUUAUUUGGUCUGGGAGUCUGGUCUGCGCUCCUGGAAGAAACGUCUGGCGCGCUUCAAGAACAGCGUCCUGAAUGGAGUAUACCCCGGACAUUUGCAAUCACUGUAUGUGCUGUGGACCCUGCUCGCAGCUGCGCAUUUUGGAGGCUUCCAUAUACCCUUUGGCUUAGUACAAAAAGCACUAACCGUGUUACCUGGCUCCUCGACGAUGUGGCAAGUAAUCGCUUGUUUACUGGCCGCCCUCACUAUGUGGCUUUCCGUUAUAUUUCUCAUGAGAUAUAUGCUAAAGGUGCUGCUUAUGUACAAGGGUUGGAUGUACGAGUCGCGCGUACCCGGGUCGAAGAUAUCACUGAAAACAAAGUUAUGGGCUAGCGUCGUCAAAGUGUUGUCAGGCUGGAACAAGCCCCGGCUAUACAGUUUCCAGGGCUCGCUGCCGAGACUGCCCCUGCCCAGCGUGAAGGACACCAUGAGGAGGUACUUGAUCAGCGUGCGGCCCUUGUUAGACGAUGAAAAUUAUCGCCGGGUGGAAAGAUUAGCGAAAGAGUUUGAAGAGACAAUCGCUGUCAAACUACAGAGAUAUCUCGUGCUGAAAUCAUGGUGGUCAUCCAACUACGUGUCGGAUUGGUGGGAGGAGUACGUUUACCUGAGGGGAAGGUCGCCUCUCAUGGUAAACUCCAACUUCUACGGAACCGACGCCAUUCUGCUGAAGCCCACGACCAACCAAGCGGCGCGCGCCGGGGUGGUCAUAUACCUCUGUCUUCAAUUCCGAAGGCUUAUUGAUAGACAGGAACUAGAACCAAUAAUGCUACAAGGCAUGGUGCCCCUGUGCUCGGCGCAGUACGAGCGGCUGUUCAACACGGUGCGCGUGCCCGGCGUGGAGAGCGAUAAGAUCGUGCACUACCAGGACUGCAGCCACAUCACCGUCUACCACAAGGGCCGCUACUUCAAGGUUAUCAUCUACUACAGGGGACGCCUGCUCAAGCCGGCGGAGAUACAAGUCCAAAUCCAGCAGAUCCUGGACGAUAAGUCGGCGCCGCUGCCGCACGAGCCCGAGCUGGCCGCGCUGACGGCGGGCGAGCGCUCGCACUGGGCGCACAUCCGCCAGACCAUGUUCAACCGGGGCCACAACCGCACCUCGCUGCACUGCAUCGAGCGCGCUGCCUUCAACGUCUGCUUAGAUGACAUGGCGUACGGGUACGACGAGAACGACCCGAGCAAGUUGGACGAGUACGGACGCGUGCUGCUGCACGGCAAGGGCUGCGACCGCUGGUUCGACAAGUCCUUCAACCUCUGCUUCAGCACCAACGGCUACGUCGGAUUCAAUGCGGAACAUACAUGGGCCGACGCGCCUGUGAUGGCACAUCUUUGGGAAUAUGUUAUUUGGAGUGAAAUAGAAAUCGGGUACGCCCUGGACGGCAACACGCGGGGGUCGGUGGAGACACCGCCGCCGGCGCCCAUCCGCCUGCAGUGGGAGCUGGAGCACGAGGAGCUGGCCAGGGCCAUCGACAGCUCGUACUGCGUCGCGCAGAAGCUGCUCAACGACGUCGACCUCAAAAUACUCAUGUACAACAAGUAUGGGAAAGGGUUCAUGAAGAAAUGCCGCGUGUCGCCGGACGCGUUCAUCCAGCUGAUCCUGCAGCUGUCGUACUACCGCACAGCUGGCCGCUUCUGCCUCACCUACGAGGCCUCCAUGACGCGCCUGUUCCGCGAGGGCCGCACGGAGACCGUGCGCCCCUGCACCAUCGAGAGCUCCGCCUGGGUCACGGCCAUGGAGAACCCUAACGCCACCGUUGAAGAGAAGCUCGAGCUGUUCAGCAAAGCCGGUCAGCGGCACCAGCUGGGCUACCAGGACGCGAUGGCCGGGCGCGGCAUCGACCGCCACCUGUUCUGCCUGUACGUGGUCUCCAAGUACCUGGAGCUGGAGUCGCCCUUCCUGCAGGAGGUCUUCAACGAGCCCUGGCGGCUGUCCACCAGCCAGACCCCGCACGGUCAAACUAGCCAGCUGGACCUGAAGAAGCACCCGAAGUGCAUCAGCACGGGCGGCGGCUUCGGCCCCGUAGCAGACGACGGGUACGGCGUCUCCUACAUCAUCGCCGGCGAGGACCUGGUGUUCUUCCACGUCUCCAGCAAAAAGAGCUGCCCCAAGACGAGCUCGACUAACUUCGUGAAUCAAAUAGAAAGAUCCCUGAAAGACGUCCAAGACCUCUUCAAUGAAUAUACUAAAAAAAAGAAUGGGGCUAAAAACAGUAAAUAGUACAUAGUAGUAGACUCGUACACAGUUUUAUAAAAUAUCGCAGUCUCUUGUUGUUGUUGUAUUGAUUAUGUAGUUUAGUAAAAUUUUAAAAUAUUAGGUUUAUGCGAGGACUACGAGUAUUUGCCAAGUUUUUUUUUGUAGCGAGACUUAGGCACAAAUGUACGUACGUUCAAGGACCAAAACCAUCAACCCAUCGGCAUGUACAGUUGUUCAUGUAUCAUGUAGAAUCACAAGAUAAAUUAUGAUUAUAGGUUAAAUCUUUAUGACCAGACAUUUGACAAAAACUGAUUAUAUGCAUGUUGAAGUUAGUUAUUCAUAUCUAAAAUUAUUUUUUAUAAAUUUUACCAAAUCUUACAAAGUCAGUGCCAAGAACAAGCUAGCGGCGCGAUUCGGGAAAUGAAUUAGAGAUGCACUAGAUAUGAAAUAGUAAAGAUAUGUGACGUUCCACGGCAAAAGGUACCUUAUGGCAGCUGGCGCUUACGGUAUUUAUUUACGCCGCUGCAAUAUUAAGCCGGGGCAAUGGUGCCUUUUGCCGUGGAAAGUCACAUAUCUUUACUAUUUCAUAUCUAGUGCAUCUCUUAUUCAUUUCCCGAAUCGCGCCGUAGGUGUGUUCUGUUUGUAUUGGAAAUGGGGCGCUUGGCACUGAACGUGUUAACCUUCGGUAGGCGUUUUGUAGGAAAGAGUAAAUGGUGGUAACGUUCUGAAGUGACUAGCCACUGGGUGUGCCCUGAGGUGUCAAAAAGCCGAGCAUGCCGCACACGUGGUGGAGCCUGAAACGGCAUUCAAUUGCCGCUCGAAUCAAUCCAAACUAGGUUAAUUUAUUUUAGAUACAUUCUUAGAAUCAUAUACAGUGGUUAAAUAUGAUAAUCUUGAAUAUUUAUAAUUUGAUUUUAUCUGCAUUUUAUUGCUAAGAGGUAAGUGGCUAUAGGUAGUGAUAUAUCACAAGUUAUAUUUAGUAAUGUGUCAAUAACGAAGAAUAGAAAGUAUCACUCCAUCUUAGAACCUGAGUUCUUUCAAAACAUAUACUCACCUUCUCCGCUGUAAGUCUUUACUAAACUCAAUCUAUAAGAAAAAGUGUAAAUACAUUUUAAAUAAAUAUGCACAUUAAUUGUACCAGUGAAAUAUUAUUUCAAUUCAUUUGGCAAUGCCAAUCAUUUAUUCAUUAUACGUGUGUAAACUUAUAUUCAUUAGAAAUACAAGAAUGAACUAAAUGACAUACAAACGAAGACACCUCUUAGAAAAAAAAAUAUUACGCUGUUAUAUUACAUAAUAUGGUAAUUUUACGUUUCUCAGUAAUUGCCUACUUAUUGGUUCAUUUUUCAGAACCAACACUAGCCAAAAGAUAGCACAACAGAAGCGGUAUCAUUGUCGCAUUUAUAUCACCUGUCAUGCCAUGCGUCACUUUCGCACUUACAUAUUUGUUAGAACGUGACAGGCAUGGUGACAAAUGAUAAAGAGCCAACCUUCUUAGCCCUACAGGCCGCGUCUUAACUCGUCGGUCGACUUAUCAUUACGUUUCUCGAUUCUGUCACACUAUUCGCAAUGAAAAGCGGUCUGAUAAUCCACGCGAUACUCUACCACUUGUCUUUCGUGCUGUUGAUGGAGAUGCGUGGUGGUUUGUGCUAGCCCAGUGUGAACUACUUUACUCGUGCCGUACCUCUGCAUGAUGGCUCUGUGUAUCGUUAAACAUACUGUAGGUAUACAAUACACCCAUAUUUUCUUUAAAUGUUUCUAAAAGUCCUUCUGUAAUGUAUUUGCAAAAUGUAAUGUGUACCUAAUUAAUAUGCAUAUGCUUAAAUGUGUACUUAUAAUGUUAGGAACGUUGGACAAAUAGGUUUUAUUAAUUAGUAACAGAUUGUGCAAUGAAUUUGUAUACAGGACAUCUCACCUGUCAUAAUAUGGUAAACGAGUGUAUUUAAUAAUAGCGAACGGCAGCCAAUAUGAUAAGAUUAACAACUUUUUAUAUAGUCCGUCCAACAGAACUGUAUCGUUUUAAUACUCUUCUUACUCAAGUUUAACUUAAUUUCUAAAUGUAACCUCAGCAAGAGUACAAUUAACUUAAUUUUCGAUGAGUGCCCCAUUAAAGUUGCUCUUUUGUCGGUUUAUGAUACUUUCAAUAUAAUAAGGUGUUGCAUUGAAUAAAGUAUUUAUACUAACUAAUACUCCAGAAGAACCAUGUUCAAAUAAUUAUAUAGACCAUAGUAGUUUUACUAAGUGUUAAAAUCAUGCAAUUUAAAAUAUUUUUUAUUAUAUACUUUAGUUUCGAAAUGCAAUAUUUUCUUCUUUAAUUGUUUGACUUCUAAUUUCAUGUAAAUAAAAUGCAUAAAAUAA